UUUCAAGCCCUUGUUUAGAAUAGAAUAUGUUGCCUUUCCUUUUAUCCAUAAUUUAGGCCAGAAAAAUUAUCCGUAAAGGGCUAGGAAGAUGGUUUUACGAGCAUCUAUGGUUUCUGGAAAGUCCCAGGAAGGUGAGUUGCUGGACGGACCCACGCCACGUCACUCACUGCUAUCCGGCAGAUACAAGCAGAGCUUUGCAUAUCUGAGCCUGAGGACACGGAUGCCGGGGAUAAUGCAACAAAUAAUAAUUCGAAUCAAGGCACAAUCCCAACAACUAGUAGAACAAUUUGGAGAGGAUGUGCUAAACGAUGUUAGGCACAUUGUGGAUGGCGUGGAUCGUCUAAAGAACGAAUUAAAUCGGGAUCGUCAGUUCAUUCUUUUCCAUGGCAACGAGCCGGACAAGGCCGAGUGGAAUGCCUUUCUCACAGAAUUGCCACGCCCUAAAAGGAACUUCUUUCGGGCCUGUUGGCUGCACGCCGAGUGCUACCUGUACCGUCGCCUCUACUCCUUUUUCGAGAACAGUCGCUAUUUGAAUGGCUACGACCCGUUCGAACACCUGAAAAUGGAUGACCUGACGCUCAGCAAGAAUGCGAUGAAGUCCUUGGCCAGAGCCACCCGCGGACUGGACAAGAGCUUCGAUAACUUCAGCAACCUCCUGCGCAUCGUUCUCUGGAGCAAUCACUUUGAGAGGGCCCUGGGGGCCUAUGCGUUUUCGGAGGAGGAAAGCCAAAAUGACAUCAAUGUCCUGGCGCAGGUGGCCGACAUGGACCGGAAUCUCCUGGUGGAUGACUCUAGUACGAUAUGGAGUUGCCUGAACAGAAAGCGCCCCGGUUCAUCGGAAGUCAUUGUCGACUUCAUUUGUGACAAUGGGGGCUUUGAGUUCUUUACCGAUAUGUUGUUUUUGGAAUACAUCAUUGAGAGCCAACUGGCCACCCAAGUGCGCUUGCAUGUCAAGGCCAUUCCCUGGUAUAUAUCCGAUCUUAUGAAAAAGGACAUUGACUGGACAAUCAAAUACCUUAUCCAGCAGAAGGACGAUAUCCUCUCCAGCGUUGGCAGUAGAUGGUUGUAUCUUAUGAAGACAGAAAAGAUCAUUGUAGCUCCCGAGUCGCAUUUCUGGACAGGACCACAGCCCUACUUUGUGAUGGUGGAGUUGGACCUGGAAUUAUAUAAAUUACUCACCGGAGGUAGGCUAGUAAUCUUCAAGGGGGACCUAAACUACCGAAAGCUGCUGGGGGACUUCAUUUGGGAUUCGGCCGAGGAGUUCAUCACCUGCCUGCGAGGCUUUCGACCUACAAAUAUCGCCGCCAUUCGCACCGUUAAGUGCGAGGUGGUUUGUGGCCUUCCCGAGGGCAUGUCCGAUAAUCUUCUGCGCUCGGAUCCUAUGUGGAUGAUAUCCAGCAACUACGGUCUCAUCCAGUAUACGGACUCCCUGAAGUGUGCCUGUGGUUUGGUGUCCGGAAUGACCUGCAACAUGACCAACAAAGAACCACCGGAACUAACCGGACGACCCAGUUUCGGCAGGAGGACCACUUUGAAGGAGCAUAUGUUAUCCACAGCAACUGGUGGACCCAAAUAAAAGACUCAAUCUAUGAAGCCGCCGGCGUAGAAAACGCCUUGCCAAACAAAUCGAUGCGAAUUUUUUUUGUAGCGAAAAUCUGGCUACCACCAUCAGCCUCGUUACUCCCACCUUGGAUUUCAGUUAACGGCCGCCACCUGCCUUGGCCAUAAAAACACCUGAGGAUCGGACUUGGUUGGCCAAUGGAUGGGUCGCGCAAGCGCAACAAUUUGUCAGGACACUAAUUUCCAAUUGAAGAGGGAAAGUCGGCGAAUGAUAAACAAAAGUAUUAAAAAUGCUUUGCCCGGAAGCUACUUUUGGAUUGGAAAAAUUGUUAAAAUCAAGUAUGUGCUGAUUAAAUUGAUUGUUUCUGUGUGUAA